AUGAAAACCAAUUAAAGUUCCUCUCUUUAAAUCUCUGUAAAAAGAAAUGAAAAUUUCAAGAGCGCUUUUAACUAGAGUUUCUCUAUUGCCCUUUUGAUUGAAAUUGCUGAAAAAGUUGCUAAUUAAGAUGCCUGGAUUUCAUAAUAAAAAGAUGAGAAAAUGACUUGUGCUAAUUACAGUCAAAAGUAACAUGUUGAAAAAGAAGAAUAAUAACACUUUUCUAGUAGCAAAAACAAUUCUGAAUAUUUAUUUAAUAACAUUAACACCAGCUCAAUGCCUGAUAUAGAGAUCAUGGAAUAUUAAGAAGAUUCUGAGAUAAUCAACACAUAAGAUAAUAAAUAAAGUAGUAUUAGCAAUUCAAAUGAAUUUGACCUUGAAGAAAAUGUCUCUGCUAUUAAACACUCAAAUACUAUGAAAAAUAUCUUAAAAUCUUUCUAGAGAUAUAUUGAGAAUGAAAAAGACUGCGAUAAAUAGAACGAAUUUUGUAAACUGGCAAAUAAAAAAAGCUAUUCUUAAUUAGUCAAAUUAUUGAAGAGAAACUUGAAAAUUUCUGGAAAAAGAUGGAACAUGAAAGCUAAGCAUAUGAUUGAGAAAGAUUCCUUCAAGAUGCUUCUCAGGUACUUUCUUUAAAAUAUCGAAUCUAUUUGGCUUGAGAAUAGUAAAGUUUAGAAUAAAGAAGUUCACUUACAAGUUGUGAGAUUUUUGUUAUAAUCUAUUGAUAAUCCAAGCUAAUCACAAAAGUUAAAAUACUACUAAAAAAGAAGAAAAAUGCUAUCCUCUUGA